AUGAAGCUCUUUCAAAAGAAACCGCUUCUCUUGGGCCUGGGCAUCUCGGGUCGGGUCUACUUGUACGAGUCAGAAAACAGCGUAUAUGUCGUAAAAGAGUACCAUAGUAGAGAAAAGUAUGAGUCACGUAGUGAAUACAAAGAGCGGAUUUUGCACGAGUACAGAAUUUUGCGUCAGAUUGAGCAUCCAGGCUUUGUCAAGGCGUUGAAACAUAAGCUGUCUCUUGGAGGGAACACAAUCAAGGUGCAACUAGAGGCAGGCCACAAAGACUUGCGGUAUCUUUUGAAGCAACGCAAAACGCUUCUCGCUGUCGAUGAGGCUUUUUGUUUGUGGAAACAGAUCUGCCUAGGGAUCAGGUAUCUCCACGAAUUAGGCUAUAGUCAUCGAGAUUUGAAGCUAGAAAACGUUGUCUUGAGCCGACGUUCAAAUACGAUCAAAAUCAUUGACUUAGCCACGGCCUCGUCCAUAGAAAAGCCCGCUAUUGGCUUGGUAGGCUCACUUCACUACAUGGCGCCUGAGCAGGUCACCAAACUAUCAUACGAUGGUGCCUGUUCCGAUAUGUGGUCUUUGGGAAUUAUACUAUAUUGUCUAUUGUUGAUGAACUUCCCUUGGAACACUGCUCAGCUAUCUGACACGGUAUAUGCAAAGUAUCUGGGCAUGAACAGGGAUGGACAGAGAGAAACUUUGAAAGACAUGAUGGAGAUACUAGAUUCGCUUGAGGCGCAACUGUUCGUGCAAGAAUUGUUGGCAAUUAAUCCUGAACAGAGACUUACGAUUAGUAAGCUAUCAGAAGAUCCGGCCUUUGUUAGUAUCAGACACUGCAACGAAACAGAAGCGUGCAAUGUAGCGCAUAGCAUUCGUGGUUAA